AUGAUGAAAUCCAAAAUUGUGGGUAUUUCCGCUAUAUUGUUGCUCCCAUAUGUUUACCUUCUCCUGAGAAUCGACGACGAAGAAUUGAAGCGAUCAAUACUCAUGAAUGGCGCUUUCAGUUUCGUCGGAUUUCUUAUAACUUUGAGAAUGAUUCCCGUCGCUUCUCGUUACCUGAGUGUUAAUUAUAAUGAUUUGUUUUUAUUGAUUUACAGUCCUGAAUCUUUGGGUAUAGUUGUUGGGACAGUGUUUUUGGCCGUAGUAAUUCUGUUUUUGGGCGUGGCAAUUUUGUUUCAACCCUUGAACUUGAUUGCUGAUUCCACUUGGCUAGUUCAGUAUAAUUCAGCUUUGACAUCAAUCUGUUUCAUGAUUUUGCUUGGCUUUGUUGACGACGUUCUUGACAUUCCAUGGAGAAUGAAACUGGUCUUGCCUUUAGUUGCUGCUCUUCCUCUGUUGAUGGCUUAUACCGGUCAUACAACCAUCGUAAUCCCAAAGCCUCUCAUUCCACAUCUUGGGUUCGAGUCAUUGGAUCUAGGAUGGAUGUAUAAACUGUAUAUGUGCCUUCUGGCAGUGUUCUGCACUAACUCUAUUAAUAUUCAUGCCGGUAUAAAUGGUCUUGAAGUUGGGCAGACUGUAGUCAUUGCAUCCGCAAUUCUGAUACAUAAUAUCUUGCGAAUUGGAGCAUCCACUGGCAAUUCUGAGUAUCAGCAGGCUCAUCUAUUCUCUAUUCAUCUUAUUCAACCUUUGUUUGCUACAUCUUUGGCUUUACUAUCUUACAACUGGUAUCCGUCUGCAGUCUUUGUUGGGGAUACGUAUACAUACUUUGCUGGAAUGACAAUGGCCGUUGCUGGAAUUCUGGGUCACUACAGUGAAACACUACUGAUUUUCUUUGCCCCUCAAGUCAUCAAUUUUAUCCUGUCAAUUCCCCAGAUUGCUGGAAUUAUUCCUUGUCCUCGACACCGUCUUCCAAGAUUUGACCCUCAAACAGGACUUCUAACUGGGACUAAGAACGGUACACUUGUGAACUUUUGUUUGAGACGUUUUGGAAGAAUGUAUGAACAAUCACUCUGCAUUGUUCUUCUCUCUAUCCAGGCUUUUGCUUGCGGAUUUUGUUUCUUGUUAUGGUGGCUCCUAGUUGGCUGGUACAAAUAACAUUCCGGCGACUCUACUCUAGCUAGUAAAGAUUUGAUUCAAGAUGAUUAUUAUCAGCAACUUUAUCAAGCAAAAAGAGGUGAUGUCCUAGUAAAACUCGCGCUUGGAGAAAUUGACCAGAAGUAAACUGAAGGCUCAGAGUCACAGCUUGGUAUUAGUUCAUUCAAAUUUGCCAAUUUGGCACCCACACUGCAUUGUGACAUAUAUUAGUAAAUUACAGCUGGCUGAAAUUCAAAGAAUUUCAAGUAGUGUAUUUGUAAAGCUAUAUAAUGUAUCAAUUUUUGCAUCCAGGAGAUAUGGUGUACACAGGGCUUGUUGCUCAUUACUCUAAUCAAACAGCUUAGUUGCAGUAAUUGAAUUCUUUCUUUUACUAUUUUUUGUUUCUGAUCAAGUUGGACUGAUACCCUAUUGUACUAGAUAACUUUCUUUGCUCAAGUGCUCAGCUAUCACUCAUGAGCUAAUUAAAGAA